CGGGACGAUACUAUAAAACCCACCAAUCGGGUGCUCCCAGUUGGUCAUAUUGGGCAGCAACACGCAAUAAUGGAGCGCUACCAGAAGCUCGAGAAGGUCGGCGAGGGCACGUAUGGCGUCGUGUACAAGGCGAAGGACCGAGUGACGGGCGAAGUGAUCGCGCUCAAGAAAAUCCGCCUGGAAGCUGAAGACGAAGGGAUCCCGAGCACGGCGAUCCGGGAAAUUUCGUUGCUGAAAGAGCUCCAACAUUGCAACAUUGUGCGGUUGUACAACAUUGUGCACACAGAGCGGAAGCUCACGCUCGUGUUCGAGUACCUCGAUCAAGACUUGAAGAAGUACUUGGACGUGUGCGAGAGAGGUCUUGAGAAGCCCAUCCUCAAAUCGUUUCUCUACCAACUGCUCCGCGGCAUCGCAUACUGCCACCAACACCGCGUCCUGCAUCGCGACCUCAAGCCGCAGAAUCUCUUGAUCAACCGGGAAGGAGAACUCAAGCUGGCCGAUUUUGGCCUCGCGCGGGCCUUUGGGAUUCCCGUGCGAAGCUAUACCCAUGAAGUAGUGACGCUGUGGUACCGGUCCCCCGACGUCCUCAUGGGCUCGCGAAAGUACUCGACCCCUGUCGACAUUUGGAGCAUUGGGUGCAUAUUCGCCGAAAUGUCCAACGGCGGGCCGCUCUUUGCUGGCACAUCCGAAGCCGAUCAGCUCGACCGCAUCUUUCGCUUGCUUGGUACUCCAUCGCUGGACAUCUACCCGGGCUUGGUCGAUUUGCCAGAAUAUAAGCCCGACUUUCCAGUGUACCCAUCGCCGGCGUCGCUGGCGCACCUGGUGCCGACCUUGGACGACGACGGUCUGGACUUGUUUCAGCAAAUGCUCCAGUACGACCCCGCCAAGCGCAUCACGGCCGCCGAUGCCCUCAAGCAUCCGUAUUUCACCGACCUGCCCCUGUCCCAUCACCACGCUACCUAGGACGUUUUGUAAUGAUUGUGUGUGUGUGUUACCCGA